GUGCAAGUUCCUCUUUGAAGCAGACAGUCUUGAAUGUUUCUGCUUGAUGUGGUCUGUGUGCCGCUCCUGGGUGCGGAGAGCUCUGGCAAGCUCAGAAGUCCGGACAUGUACUUAGUGACCUAUGAUGAUGUGCAUGUGGACUUCACUUGGGAAGAGUGGGCUUUGCUGGAUCCUUCUCAGAAGAGCCUCUACAAAGAUGUGAUGCUGGAGACCUAUAGGAAUCUCACUGCUAUAGGUUACAAUUGGAAAAACCAUAAUAUUGAAGGACAUUUUCAAAGUUCUAGAAGAAAUGGAAGGCAUGAAAGAAGUUAUACUGAAGAGAAACUUUAUGAAUUUACCCAAUAUGAUAAAGACUUUGCAUAUCAGAGUCAUCCUCAAAGGCAUGAAAGAAUUCAUUCUGGAGAGAAGUCCUAUGACGGUAUCCAAUAUUUUGAAGCCUUUGCACAUCACAGUAGUCUCCAAAUACAUAAAAGAACACAUAUUGUAGAAAAACCCUAUGAGUGUAACCAAUGUGGUAAAGCCUUUGCAUAUCAUAGUUAUCUUCAAAGGCAUGAAAGAAGUCAUACAGGAGAGAAACCUUACAAAUGUAAUCUAUGUGGUAAAGCCUUUGGACGCCACAGUCAUCUUCAGAGGCAUGAAAGAAUUCAUACAGGAGAAAAAAGCUAUGAAUGUAAUCAAUGUGGUAAAACAUUUCUACAUCACAGUCAUCUUCAAAUACAUAAAAGAACCCAUAUUGGAGAGAAACCCUUUGAAUGUAACCAAUGUGGUAAAGCCUUUGCACGAAACAGUCAUCUCUUAAUACAUCAAAGAAUACAUACUGGAGAGAAACCCUAUGAAUGUAAGCAAUGUGGUAAAGCCUUUGCAUAUCAAAGUGGCCUCCUAUAUCAUAAACGAAGAUAUAUUGUAGAGAAACCCUAUGAGUGUAACCAAUGUGGUAAAGCCUUUGCAUGUCACAAUAGUCUCCAAGUACAUAAAAGAACACAUACAGGAGAGAAACCCUAUAAAUGCAAUCAAUGUGGAAGAGCCUUUGGACGCUACAGUUCUCUUCAAAGGCAUGAAAGAAUUCAUACAGGAGAGAAACCUUAUGAAUGUAAUCAGUGUGGUAAAGCAUUUGGACGUCACAGUUCUCUUCAAAGGCAUGUAAGAAUUCAUACAGGGCAGAAACCUGAUGAAUGUAGUCAAUGGUGUGAAGAUUGUGGAUGUUACAGUAGUCUCCGGAUACAUAAAAGACCACAUACUGGAGAGAAAUACUUUGAGUGUAACCAAUGUGGUAAAGGCUUUUCACAAAACAGUAGUCUCCAAAUACAUAAAACAACAUUACUGUAGGGGAACUCUAUUAGUGUAACCAAUGUGGUAAAGCUUUUGUAUAUCAUGAUCAUCUUUGAAUACAUAAAAAAACAUGUACUCCAGAGAAACCCUAUGAAUGUAAUCAAUAUAGUAAAGCCUUUGCAUGUCAGUAACCUUCAAAGGCAUGAAAGAAACCAUACUGCAGAGAAAGCCUGUGAGUGUAUUUAAUAUGGUGAAGCCUUUGCCCAUUUCUGUAGUCUUCAUCAUCAUGAAAGAAAUCCAUACUGGAGAAAAACCCUAUGAAUGUAUUUAAUGUGCGGAAGCCUUUUUUCAUAUCAUAAGUCUUCAUUAUUGUGAAAUAAUUCAUACCAGAGAGAAACCUUUUAAGUAUAUUUAAUAUGGUAAAGCCUUUGCAUAUUUCAAUAGUCUUCAUUAUCAUGAAAGUAUUCAUACUGGAGAGAAAUUCUGUAAGUAUAAGCAAUGUGGUAAAGCCUUUGUGUUAUAGGGUCCUCUGAGAUCCAACAAAACUCAAACUCAGGUAAUCAAAUGACAAGAACUUAUUGUAAUCAAGCUGCUACUGAUGUAUCAGGGUCACAGAACACAGUUGGAUACAGAACUGUGACUGCUGCCCAUCCAUCUCCCCACCCAGAGCAAAAAUGUUAUAGAGCUUUUAAAUUCGAAAACGAGAAAUAUCUGUGCCAAGUUGCAGCUCCAUUGGUUUUCACCAAUCAGGAGUUAGGGAUAAGGGCUUUCCUUAUCCAGUUGGUCUAUGUCAACUGAUACAGCCUAACUAAUUAUAUGUAUUCUUUUGUGGUUGGGAACAGGCAUUAUGUUUUGAGGAACAAAAGAUGCAUAACAGAAGCCAUGGUUAAGGACAGUCAAUAUGUUUUUAUGAACAAAGAUGAAUAAUGGAAGCUGGUCUGCAACUUGAACUUAGGUAUAUACCAUAUGAUUAAAUGGAGGCUGAUUAACAAAAAAUGCAGUACUUAGGACAAGUUUCCUCCUUUACUUGUUUCUAACAGUUGCCUAUCACAGGCAUUUUUGAAUACUUAAAAGAAUAACCACAUUGGAGUGAAACUUCAAAUUGUAAUCAACAUGAUAAAGCUGUUUUACAACACAGUUAUGUACAUAAGAGACUACAUACUGGAGAGAAAGCCUAUGAAUAUGCAAUGUGGUAAAUCCUUUGCAUGUAGCAGUAGUCUUAAAAAAUCAUGAGAAAAAGUCAUACUGUGAAGAAAACCAUAGAUGUCCUCAGGAUGCUAACAGUUUGCACUUGAUGGUAUCUGUAUACAAGAGUAAACGCUGAGAGUGUAAUUCAUCUUUUGCAUACCACAGUAAUCUUUAAGGACCUUAAGGAACUGAUAGUGAAAAGAAUCUAUGACUAAAGAAUUUGGAAAGAUCUGUAGCUAACAUCCUUGCAUUCAGUGUCAGGUACAACAUGGUUGUGAAUAUGGCCGCAUGACACAGUUUCAGCUGUGGGAGCACCUUCGAUCUGAGUCAUGCACCUCUGGCUUUCUCGUAGACAGAUGGCACUGCUCUUUCUUGCAUGCUUGUCUGUUACACAUUUUUCAGUCAAUUCAGGCAUAAUUCGACAAGGGAUUUUAUGGAGGCUGACUGCCUUAAUUGUUCUCUGGGACAUUUUUGCCAACUCAUGAUGAUUAUGUUGUACCAGGAAAUAUUUGAAGCAGGAAAUAUUUUUGAGAAACCUGAAGUUUUAGUAGUUAAAAGAAAUAAAGACCCCCAAGGAAAAGGAACACUGGGCCUGGGUCACUAAGGACAGGAAUGACUAUAGAAAAUACAAUGAACAAGAUAGAGGAAGAAAUAGCUGGGUCUACUGGCUAAGUGAGCAGUGGUGAGAGCCCUCAGGAGAGGAGAUGUCUAAUAAGAGAAAGUUUGAUUUAAAAACAGUAUUGGGGAAAAUUGGAAAGUAUCUAUCUAUCUAUCUAUCUAUCUAUCUAUCUAUCUAUCUAUCUAUCAUCUAUCAUCUAUCUAUCAUCUAUCUAGCUAUAAAAUACAAAAGGGUGGGUAGAAAUGUUUGGACCCCACAAGCAGGCUAUUGAUUAGUGAACUGACCUUCCUGGAAAGAUUGGAACAUACUAAUUUGAUCCCCUGGCAUCUCCUACCUAAGGAAAUUAGGGUACAAGUUCUAAGAGAUAGAAUUUGAGCUUGUGAAGGAGUCCUGCAGGAAGCUGUAAAAGAAAUUAAUAUUGCAUAUGGAAAAUAAUUUGAAAAACACUGUAGAAAUAGAUAUUCAGAAGAGUUUAGUAAACUGGAUGAAGAGAUUCUGUAAGUUAGACAAGCUAAAAAUGCUAACAUUACCCUGACCUGGGUAGCACCUUUCUGUUCUCAUGCUAAUGCUGUAAGCACAAGUUUAUGCCCAGAUGACCUGUGAUGUGGAGGUUUGGCUAAGAGUUAAAAGUUAAUGUAUAACUUGCUUUUGCAGACACCAAACUGUGACUUUAUGUGUGCUUUGUGUUUUCUAUCGACAUAGUUACAUGGGUUUUUUUUUUUUUUUUUUUUUUUUUUGGAAAAAAUGGGUUUGAGGAAAAUAAUGAAAAGGCUUUUGAUUAUGUAUUGUAUAAGAAGGAAGUGUGUAACCAAUGAAAGACUGAGGUGAACUCAGAGACAGAACCUGAAAGCUGUCUCAGGGCACAGCUUCAGAACAACAAUGAGUUACCUGUCAGGUUGCACCUGAGACUCUUUAUUUUGUGCUAAUCUAAUCCAUCUGGUUUUAAGAUCCUUGAAACAACUGAGGCUGGUCCUGGGCAAUUCAAUUAUAUAAGAUUAUGGUUCUGAAGGGAAAAUAUGACAAGGGAUAAAAAUCUGUUCAAACAGUA